CGAACCGGCUGCAACCGGAUUUUUCUGGGUUUUCCCGCUCGGUAAGAAUCGUGCGCGCGUGUCACCUGUCAUCCGAUUACGUUAAUGGUGAAGAUUAAUACACCCUGUAUAUAAAUUAUGACUCAAAUCUAAUAGAAUACUCUUAAUGGAACUUUAAUCAAAGUGAGUGUAAGUACUGUUUAAUAUACUUGGCUAGAAGUUGUUCUAAUGUACAUAAUAAUUGUGUGUAACUUAAAAAUUCACAAACAAUUAAUGAAUGUAUAGUUUCAACUUUUGAAUAGCUACUCACAUGUGUGUUUUAGUGUAUAUGAUGAUGUGUGGAUUGUUUAAUAUCGCCCGACGGGGGAGUUUAAGAUGAAUAAACAACGAUUCCAGUGGAAAUGUAAUCUUGGAGAUUUUGUGAAGUGUUUGGAAUAUUUUAUUUUGUGACUGGUUUCUCGGGAAGGAAAAUGGAGUGUUCGCGGGCCAGUCCAACGCGGGUGCUUUCUCUUUGGACACUUUUGCUCGGCAGCAUUAAUAUUGCAGGUCUCCGGCCAGGAUCGAGUGUCAGAGCGGAAUCUCUGGACGCGAUAAAAGUGUCGGCGGUAUCGGGCGGGGACGCGGUCUUACCGUGCGACACUCGCUCGCCACAACCGCCCGACGCUCUGCUGCUUGUCGUUUGGUAUAAAAACGACGUGCCUAUAUACAGUUAUGAUGGACGAGUCAAAGGCCCAUCAGCACAUUGGGCAGACGACAUUCUCGCCGGGCGAGCGAGGUGGAACCCUUCGAAUUCACAUACAUCAUCGUCGUCGUUACGGAUCCGUGACGUCCUCGCGACAGAUCGGGCGCUGUAUCGCUGUCGGGUCGAUUUCAAGGUCUCCCCGACGAGAAAUCAUAAGAUUGUUCUCGACGUUAUAGAAUUACCAGAAAAACCCAAAAUAUUCGACGAGUUAGAUAAGGAAGUGGUUGGUGUGGCCGGACCCUACAUAGAAGACACGAAUUUGAAACUUACCUGUGUUGUAAGUGGAGGUAAACCAAUGCCACGACUACGUUGGUGGCGAGAUGACAAAGUCAUUGCCACCUUGGAACCUGUCGAUGACGGCUCAAGACUCAGCCUCCUAGAGUUGAGAAUACCAAAGCUCACGAGAGAAUAUUACGAAGCUGUAUAUACAUGUACUGCAGAUAAUACAAUGCAGGUCCCUCCACUACGGGUCAAUGUACAGAUACAGUUAUAUUUACGACCACUGCUGGUGGAAAUAUUAGCAAGAGAACAACCUAUAUCUGUAGGUGUAGAAGCCGAACUCGCUUGCAGGGCAGUAGGGGCGCGGCCGCCGGCAGUAAUCACCUGGUUUCUAGAUGAUAAACAAAUGGUGGCUACUGGUGUUCAAAAGAACUCAGAAGAUAAGAAUGAAACGGUGUCAUUUUUGCGAUGGACACCAAAAAUGGAACACGACGGCCGGGUGAUUACGUGUCGAGCAACUCAUGUGAAGCUGGAGCAUUCUACAUUAGAGACAACUAUGACUCUUAAUUUGCACUAUGUGCCAAUAGUAGUUCUCCAGCUGGGCUCCAAACUAAACCCUAAUGAUAUCGAAGAAGGGGAUGACGUGUACUUCGAAUGCGUAGUUAGAGCCAACCCUCCGGCUUAUAAAGUAGUUUGGGAGCAUAAUGGCCAGCUGAUGACACAUAAUCAAAGGGCCGGUGUGAUCGCUGGCUCAGCACAUUUAGCUUUACAAGGCGUGUCCAGAGAGCAAGCUGGGAAGUAUUCGUGUACUGCAUCCAACGUAGAAGGAGAUGGGAAGUCGUUAUCUGUGAACUUGCAAGUCAUUUAUAAACCGGUAUGCACGAACACAAUGACAGCAAUUGUUGGCGCAGCUUUCAAUGAAGCAGCAAAAGUGACAUGCGAAGUCGACGCUUUCCCUCCACCGAAGAAUUUUCAAUGGACGCUGAACAAUUCAUUGGGAACUGUGGAGUUGGAACCAGGCAAGUUCACAAUAGACAGCGCUGGACGGUCAAUCCUCACUUACACACCAACUACAGAAGCAGACUACGGUUCCUUAGCCUGCAGGGCUACGAAUCUGGCUGGACAGCAAAUAGAGCCGUGUCGGUACACUCUGCUACCAGCUGUCAGACCUGACCCACCUUUCAAUUGUACCGCACAAAACUUAACUGAUGAUUCUGCUGAACUGAGAUGUUUUCCAGGUUACGACGGAGGGCUCCAUACAAUUUACUUCGUAGAAGCAUGGGAAGCGGGCACUCUCAUAGCGAACGCUUCUACCCCAACACCGAUAUGGAAACUACGUGGAUUAGGCUCGGGGAAAGCACUGAAAUUAAUAUUCUACGCGAACAAUGCAAGAGGAAGAUCAGAAGUUACCACAUUAAGGGUGCAUACAUUGUCCAGAUUAGCAUUACAUACGGAAGCGAAGACAAUCAACGGCGGUAGCAUGGAUAUCAGUUGGGCAUUAGGUAUUGUGGCUGGCAUCGGAGGCACAUUAGCUGCACUGGCUGUAAUUGCCUUAUUGGCUAGAAGACGGCAUCACCGGCCUUUACAGUAUGAAGCCCCAAUACAAACUGUGAAGGCUUACAAAGGAACAAUACAAAGCAACAACCACUCUCCGAUACAGCCUGAUGACAAGAAUCCCGAUGUCGUGCCACUUGGCAAAGAUUAUAACUGCACACGUGACUUAGAACGUCCGCCCGAGCCCCCACCUUACGGGGGUGUGGUGUCACCCCCAGUGGGGUCAUCUAGAAGCACGCAUAGUUUGCAACAGCACGAAGUGAGGUCAAACACACCCCACACUCCGAACACGCCAGCGUCUGACGCUCAGAGUAUUGGUACGUUGGCUGAGGAUAGACGAAGCGUGACUAGUGGGACCCUUUCACGGCGAAGGGAGGUGGUCACCACACGGACGCCGCUGCUAGCAAAUGCAAGGGAGAGCUGCGUUUAGUUUAUAAAAUAGUCGACUUCACGUUAAAGGAAACUGAAUCUUCUUCUAUUGAGUUUAAGUAUAAAUUACACUAUAGUUAAAUUUCGAUGGAUGCUAAGCUAGACUGCUGUCAAACAGCAAAAACUAAAUGUCAUUUUAGUGUUUGUAAUUAUAUAUAUUGUUAUCAGAAUGGUGAGAUCCGUCUAUGAUUUUUAGUUAAGAAUUUUUUUAUUAAUGUGUUAAAUUCAAGUAAAAAAAUAAUGUGACAUUGUCUAAUUAUUUUUUUACUUAAAUUUAUAAAAAGUAUUUUAUAAAUUUAAUUUCUUUUACAUUUAUACGAAUAAAAUGUUAUAGAUUUAUACUAAAAUGUAAAGCAUUAUAACAGUAAAUAUUUUUAAGAAUUUUAAAUUGACUGUCACUUUAAAUGAUAAACGACGCAAUUAAUAACUUA